GUUUCGUUCGUUCACUCAUUCAGUUUUGAGACAUACCCGAGAACGGAUCAACGAAACGAAGAAAAUCUAGAAGAAAAGUACCAAAGACAGUUUUUUCAUACCCAAUUGAAAAGAGUGAAAAAUUGCUUGGAAAAGUUUGCACGCUUUGCGGUAGAAAAGAUCAAAAUAUAAACAGUUUCAAAAAGGUGCAAUUUAAUUAACCGGAAGACGGUUCAGAAUACGUUGAAAUCGGAAGGAGUGUGUGAAUUUUUCGUUCGUCGCACAGCCGAAAAAACGCAGAAGGAGGAAUAUUUGCGUUAAAGGGAAAGUUCGACAUUGAAACGACGACGCACACAAACAAACGUGGUGUGAAAAAGCAGUGAAGAGUCGGUUUGCAGCGUUGACGGAAAACUUUAUCGAUUUUUUGAGAGUGUGUCGAGUUUGGAUACGCUAGACGUCGCACGUAGUCUUCGUGUCAGAAGUUUUUCGGAGACAAUUGUGUGUACAACUCGAGGAAGCAAUCGAUAAUCGUAACCGGAUUCCGUACUACUGGAUUGUAUUUGGAGUGAGAAGUUAUAAAAAAACAUACAACGAAAAAAUGGCUUUCAUGAUGCCAGUGAUGAAAAACGAGUUCGACAUUUACAAGGGCCGCCAGCGGCGAGUGUCGGAGUGUUCGAAUAACAGUUCCUGCCGUUCGCGGAAGGUUUCGGAGAGUUCACGUUCCGAUUGCCCUAGUUUGUCGACGUCACCGGGCAACGAGUUUAUGGCCGGUUCGCCAGCUCGUCAUCGCAGCCAUCCAAUGUACAUGUCGCAUUUGGGAUCAACUCGGCCUCAGUUUUCGCGUAACUCUUCCCGGACCUCGCAAACAUCUUUGAUUACCAGCCCGAGCAAGGCCAGCUCUGGUAGUAGUCCCCCGAAGCCGGCCGCCGCCGACAGCCAGAGCAGUUUGAACAAGUUCCAUAUCCGGUUGGUGGACAAGCUUCGUAAGUCUUUACGGAAGAGCAAAUCCACCGAAGGCCGGUCAUGAGAAGAUACGCCGGUAUCCAGUAGUGAUCCUCCGGACGCCGAAACGGAUUCGCGGGAUGAUGCAGAGGAUGACGACGAGAACGAGGGACGGGUUGAGAACGGGGAAUUGGUGUUGUCGGACAGUAUCCUGCACGUUACGUCCAAACCACCGCUUCCCCGGCAUCGUUCCAGUGCACCGCGCCGGACCAGCAGUUGCAGCGAGAGCGGUCGGUGCCGAUCCAGGCGUGGCACUUUCAGUGGCCCGAGGUAAUUUCUGGCGGAAGCUUCUUGUGAAUUUGUAGUAGUGAUAAGAGAGGCGAGUGUAGAUCUAAUCUUGUUAAUGGCGUAUUAUGUUCUGUAAACGCAAUUAUCUAUUGUGAGACCAACAUUGGAUGAUAAAUAUAUCCAGGAGAAACGGGUGCCAUUAAGUGCGAUGUUAAUUUGUGUAGAACAUGGCCUGAAGAAUGCCGAUAGAACGCACUUGUACAUCGAAGAGGAGAAGCACAACCUGAUUGCAAGCGCGUACGUUAAAUUUUGGAUAUUUCAAAGGACACAAAAAAUGGUUCUAUGUUAGGAGGCAGCAGCUUUAGCUAUUUUAGUUACCGGUUCAAAGUUUGGGUUCUUCGUAGACAAGAUAGUUUUCUCUCUCCCUAUAUCAAUCGAUAAAUGCAUUCAACAUCAGAGACUAAUCACUGUGUAAAGACAUCUUUUGUAUCGCUAGUUCGCCUCGUUGCUCAACGAUGACCGAGAAAGUCGCUUCUAUUAAAUAAUCGUUUUACCGCAUCAAAAUCAAAAGCAGGCGAACAAAACUACAAACUUAUGUAACGCAUACCUACUAUAUACAUACCUAACCGACAAACACCGAUUAGCCACGCUUGCAAACGCGAACAACUCUUUGGAAGUGAGCUGUAUGUAUAUCUACCAAUAAUCGAAUAUUCUAAACUAUUUGGUAUUGAAUAAGCAAAAGCUAUAAACCGCAAACGGUACCUAAUCGACCGAGUUCGUCAAAUCGAAACGCAUUGAACUAAUCUAAUCCAAAUCUGUGAUAUGUGCUAAAUAUGCAUAGAUUUACAUUAGAUAAUUAAAAAAACAGACAAACAAUAUACAUUAUAUACACGGUUUUACUCAAUCAGCCCACUAUUCGGGCCCGAUAUUGAAGACAAACACACCAAAUUAUCACAAUUUUAGUGCAAAAGCGAAUCUUUUCGGUUCUAAGAUGAUACACAACAUGAUAAAAAUAAAUUAUCUAUAGAUGUCUAGCUGUGUGUACACGUCUCGUGUUUGGGUGUUAUCAAAUCGGACCCAUAGGAGAGGAAAGGCAAGCAAAACAGAGUACUUAUUUCUGAUCAGAGAGCGAGAGAGAUAUUACAGACCGAAGGCAAGCAUAGCUUAUGUCCACGCAUUAUCACACAUAAUCAUAACUCAUACGCAUCAGAUUUAGAAAAAAAGUUAACCGAAAUUAUCGUACAUUUUUCGAAGCCUGAGUAUAAAAGUUAGCUGUGAUUCGGAAGAACAAGAAAAAAUCAUUGAGUGCGCCACGUGAGCGCUUGUUCAUUAGUAGGGCUUCUGUUUGGACGCUUGUGUCAUACGGAAUUGGGAAACCGACAAAGCAUGCGGUGGCGAUGAUGGGAUCACGAUUACAGACAAAACGGCAAAAGGGUUUAUUUUUGGUCGAGUUUUCGGCCUUUUCUGAAAUUGAUGCAUUACGUGAUUUGUUUGUGGUCGAUCCGCUAAAUUUAUUUACACAAAAAGCUAUUACAGGCCGGUCCAAAAGCAAAAUUAAACUGUAAAUAUAUCGCGCUUGCUUCAUACAUCUACAAAUCCAAACCGUCUUUUCGCGUUGUUAAAUUCUACUUUUUCACUUAGCUGUAUUCUACUUGGAGACUUUUUACUAGCCUCAUAUUGAUGUCCUGCUUAUAGAGCUUUCCCGUUCCCACUUGGUAGAUGUAUAUGACACAUUUGAAUAGUAUUAGCAAAAAUAUGAACAAAAAAUCAAAACAAAUAAACACUAAAUGAAUAUCACGCAAAACAAAGCUUUAUUUUAAUUAAAGACUGCUGCUUAGGUUAAAUUGUAUUUUAUGUUUUUUGUAGAGAAUAGCGAACCACCAAGUUAAUAUACGAUUAGAACGUUAGUUUUAAUAAGCUUCACCUUUAGGACGCUGCAGGCUUUGAAGCUGGCUCACAAACAGACGUUUGCGUCGAACUGUCAUGUUAUGAAAGAUCUGUCAAACUGCACGUACACGUACGCUUUGUGUGCCAGCCUAUACAGAUUUCAGUCCGUCAUAAUUUGUUAGCGAAUCUAUAGAAUAUAGAAUAGAAUAUAGAAAUAAAUUUUGCAUUAACUUGUAGGUAGGUGUAUUUUCUCCUAUUCACACCUUCGAAAGGUGUUCGUAAAAACGCAAAAAAAAAAAAACCAAGGCAAGUAAUUAGUUGAUUGGAAUCACUUUGGAAAGUAUUAAUUUCCUCAGCCAAAAAACGAAAGCAAGAGUAAAACAUUCCACUUUGCCAAAACUCAUCUCAGAAAG